AUGCUGAGACCUCGAGCUCCUUCCACCCUCCGUCGAGCUUCUACACAACUCUCGGCACGGCCACAGGGCAUCACAGGCCCCCAAAGAAGCUUUCAUCUCGCUUGCAGCCGACCCACUAGAUCUACGACUUCGGAGGAAGACCGGCCUAAGUGGUUGACUCCCAGAAAUGUACGACUAGGCUCUUUACCUUUCUCACGACUUCUCCAGGGUCAUUCCCAGCGACUGUACUCGGGUUUGUCUACUCCUGGCAUAUCUGAGGUCACUGGCUGCUCUUCUCCAGCUCUGAUUGAGUCCCACUCGUGGGACUAUUACACAACACCAGCGCAGCGGGAAUUGUGGGGCUCGAAGGGCGAAUACCCUGCACUGAUUUCAGCGUACCAACAGCCUGAUAUUGCAAACGCCAUUCUGGAUCGAACUAGCGAUUACACAAACGAAACUCACCUCUCAUUCUCGGAGCUGCUCAAGCUCUCUAACUUGUUUGCCGACUCUUUGUACGCCCACGCUCGUGAACAAGGCCUUGUUUUCAAAUCAGGAGACUCUGUUGCGGUGUGUGGCGGUAAUGUCUGGGAAUACACUGCCCUCCAGAUGGGUCUCUCGAAGCUCGGACUGGUGCUGGUUCCCCUCAACCCUGCAUUUACGGCAAACCAGUUUGCAGCUGCCCUGGCCGCCACAGAGGCCAAGGCUCUCAUAAUGACCUCCCAUCUCCCUGGUGGAAAGGACAAAGCCACUGGCAAGAUGACCUUGAAGUCAGCUGCUCCCAUUUGCCAAGAGGUCAUCGACAACUUGAAUGCUUCUGGCAAGUCGAAGCUGAAGCUUCUCAUCAAUUUGGCUUCCGGUGAAACUCCUGGAGCUGACACCAUCAAGGAUGUGAAGUUUCAGGGCUCCCAAUCGGACAUGCAUGAAAUCGUUUUCCAACACAAGAAGGCUGUUGCCAAUGGUACCCUCCCUGCAUCUGUACCCACCGAGAUCAGACGACUCACAGCUACCGUUAACCCCGAUGACAUCACCAACAUGCAAUUCACCUCCGGAACCACAUCGCAGCCAAAGGUGUCCUGCUUGACGCAUCGAAACCUGCUCAACAAUGGUCAUCUCAUUGGAACCCGGAUGGGCCUCAAGCCUGCCACAGGUCCUGCUGUUAAUGGAAUUGCCCCCAACCAGGACCGUUUGUGCAUCCCUGUUCCCAUGUUUCACUGCUUUGGUCUAGUACUGUCUAACCUGGCUGCCCUGACCACUGGUGCUGCUUUGGUCUAUCCCUCCGAGUGGUUUUGUGCUCGUUCUGCAAUCGACAAUGUUCGAAAGUAUAAGUGCACUGGUCUCCAUGGUGUCCCUACCAUGUACGUGGCUGAGCUGGAGUAUCUGAAGGACCUGGAGCUCAAGGAGGCAAAGGCCCCCGGGCAGAAUUUCCUUCCUGGCUUUGAACUGCUCCGAACUGGUAUCGCUGCUGGAUCUGCUGUGCCUGGAGAACUCAUGACUAAGCUUGGCCAGUCCAUGAAUCUCAAAGCACUCACUAUCUGUUACGGAAUGACAGAGACCGCUCCCGUGACUUUCAUGACACGUCCUGACGAUCCUGUCGAGAAGCGAGUUGAAACUGUCGGUCAGAUUAUGCCUCACACCUCAUGCAGGAUCAUCAAGUCCCAGCAGGAGGACCUUUCUGAAUCUGAGCUUGACUUCACUCCAUUGGCCACUGGCCAGAAGGGCGAGAUCAUCACUUCCGGCUAUGCGCUACAGAAAUACUACAAGGACGAUCCCAAAAAGACCUCUGCUGCUAUGGUUGUCGAUCCCGCCACCGGCGUGCGAUGGAUGCGAACUGGUGAUGAGGGUUGCAUGGACAAUGAGGGAUUCCUCAAGGUUACAGGUCGACUCAAAGAUCUGAUCAUUCGAGGCGGGGAGAACAUCCACCCACUGGAGAUCGAAAACGUGCUUUUUGCUCACGAUAAGAUUGCCCAAGCAUCUGUGGUGGGUGUUAAGGACCCCAAGUAUGGUGAAGCUGUUUGUGCCUUUGUCACACCCCACGCUUUCUUCCACAAGGGCCACCAGCAUGUUAAGCACGAUGACUCGGACAAGCUCACGAUUGAGCAAGUUCAGGAGUGGGUUCGAAACAAGCUUGGCCACUACAUGGUGCCCAAGUAUGUAUUCUUUGUUGGCGAUUAUCCUAAGACUGCUUCUGGCAAGAUUCGAAAGGUGGAUCUUCGAAAGACAGCUGAGUCACAGCUGGGCCUGUGCUAA